GCCAAACGUAAUAUUUUACUCGAUUGGUCUCAAUCAUUUCCUCAGAGGGAGAGAACCCAAAUCUCGAACUUCUCCACAAGAACAACAACCUCCACCGCUACACCACCUUCACUCCACACUUUCUCGAUCAGCAAUCGCCUCACAUAGCUAUGGCCCCAGUCUACCCUGCCUUUCCCGUGAACAAAUCAGGACAUCUGCCAGUCUCUAGUACCCACGCAAUAUACUACGAAGAGUGUGGUCUCUCAACAGGUACUCCAAUCAUUUACCUACAUGGUGGUCCAGGAGGAGGAAUUGAGGAUAGUGACAGGCAGUAUUUCGAUCCUUCUCAUUAUAGAUCUAUCCUCUUCGACCAGCGCGGAUCCGGAAAAUCAACCCCACACGCCUGCCUCGAAGACAAUACUACCUGGCACCUUGUUUCCGACAUCGAAGCUCUGAGAGAACAUUUGAAAAUCGAGAAGUGGAUAGUAUUUGGCGGUUCGUGGGGUUCAACUCUUGCGCUUACAUAUUCCCAGAAACAUCCGGAGCGAUGUCUUGGGUUGAUAUUGCGAGGUAUCUUCACAUUGAGGAGGGAGGAAUUGGAAUGGUUUUAUCAGAAAGGUGCAGAUAUGCUGUUUCCCGACUAUUUUGAGCCGUAUAAGGCUAUCAUUCCUGUGGAGGAGAGGGGCGAUAUGAUGAAGGCUUAUUACAAGAGACUUACUGGGGACAAUGAGGAGGAGAGGCUGAAAUGUGCGUCUGCGUGGAGCACUUGGGAAACGGCUACGAGCAAGCUGAUGGUUGACCCAGAGUAUAUCAAGAAGGUGGAUGAUCCGAAGUGGGCGCUCGCAUUCGCACGAAUUGAAUGUCAUUUCUUCGUGAACGGUGGAUGGAUGCGAGAUGGGCAACUUAUCGAGGAAGCUCACAAGAUCAAGCACCUCCCGAUCAUCAUUGUGCAAGGUCGAUACGAUGUGGUUUGCCCGGCGAAGAUAAGCUGGGAUUUAUACCAAUCUUUGGGCGGAAAGGACAACAAGAAUGUCGAGUACAUAAUUCUUGACGAUGUCGGACAUAGUGCUCACGAAAAGAAAGUGGAGCUGGCUUUGGUAGAUGCUGCUGAUAAGUUCAAGUCCUUAAAAGCAUAGGACAUAACCUUUUUCAAUGGAACAUUAUUUAGCCGAGUUUUUGGGAUUUAUUGCUCCUUCCAAGGCUCUGAAGUUCUCGUU